AUGCAAAAUCAGACAGAUAUUGAAGGUAAGAUAAACAAGUAGAUUGAUAUAGUGUGAAUGUGAUAUAGACAACACUUCGUUGGUUAUUAUAUGUUUGUUAAAAUCUUUCUAAUAGAGAGUUUCUAUUUAUUAUUUAUAAUUUUUAGGACUCAUUGGACGUCUGACUCAAAAGCAAGACAACAGUGUUAAAGCAGGCUGCAAGAAAUGUGGUUAUAGUAUGUAUAUUUACAGUAGUAAAGUAUAGUAGUAACAGUGUCAGUAUGAUGGUACUUAUGCAUGAGUCAAUUCCUGGAGUAACCAUCCCCCCCCCCCGGGACACCCCCGGGAGUUUGCCCGAUAGACAGUUCACGGGGGUCGGGAAUUUGCCUUUCAUAUAUGUGCUCGGGGGCCCAGUAUUGGAGGACCCCGGGGAUUUGACAAAUGGUUGCCCAGAAUCCCACCCACAAAUAUUAAGGCAGCAAAACCUAGUUUCAGGCACGCAUGUGGGCAUGCUGAUCGUAUUUUGUGCCCUCGUGGUCAAGGUGGCGUGAAAUUUAUUGUAAGAAUAAGCAAAAAUUAUACCCUGUGCCAUGCAAAUUUAAAUACAACUAUUAAAGGUUUAUGUUUUAUAAUAUUCCAUAGCAGUUUAAUACUAUAAUGUUAUUAAAUGACUAUGAUUAUAUGCCAUUAAAAGUUUAAUUAACGUUUACAGUCGAUUUCACGAAACUUUGACCACAAAUUUUCCGAACUUCGUUGCGAAGUUCACAAGAUUGUUGCGAAGUUCAAAAGUUCAUAAUGAGAUUCACAAACCAGUUCGUAAGCUACGCAUUUGAUUGGCUUCUUUUACUUCACGGACCAAUCAGGGACUUCAGGGUCUGAAAUUUGAUUUUUUUUUAAGUAUCCACAUGGAUACCAAGGUUUUAAAAUUUGGUAUCCCUCCCGAUAAUCCAGUAUCCUAAAUCUGGAUACUUAACUAGUUGGCUUUUCGUAUCCCACAGGGCCAGACCCAACAUCACUCUAAGGCUUACUCUUAGUCAACUAUACGUCAAGCAUUUUCGUCCAUCGCAUUUUAUGUUUAAUAUACUAGAAUCCUAAAAGGAACUUAUACAGUUCAAAUAUUCAAUUUCUUAACAGUUAACAGGUUUAUUUAAUUAUAGAUUAAAGUCUAAGUGUCGAUUUCUCUGAUUUUUAAUGCUAUCAGUAUGCACUCAAAUGGGAACUACAGCGUCAUUAUCAUCAUCAUUGGCUGUAUUAUCAUGAAGACCAUUGCCUGCAUCAGGAGUUUUGGUGGUUUUAAUUAAAUAUUUUUUACAUAAUAUCACAAGAAAGCAUGGAUUAUUUAUGAGUAUUUUAGUUCAUGACGGCAGCAAAAAAAAUGUAUUUCUUUUUUGCUAACUAUCGACCUUCAAAUUUCCUUACAAUCUUCUUGACUUUUCUUCACGUGCCCGCGAAUACCGCCUGCUACGCAGGCUAGACUUUUCUUGAUUUCAAAAAGAUUUUUUUCAAUGAAGUCUGGACAGUUGUUUCAAUGUGGAAACACUAUUCAAAAUGGCGACUCGCGAAUUGAACCAUGAGUGGACUACAUGCAUAAAUACAACGUUAAGACGAAUGCUAGACUUGUGUUACAGCACUAUUUAAUGAACAAAAAUGUGGGGAGACUACUAAAACAUUAACUGCUAUCCCGUUUUUUAAAAAAAUGUGGUAUCCCAUCGGGAUACAAGUAAAAUAAACUUAGUAUCCAAAACCAAAUUUCAGUAUCCCGUGGAUAUCGGGAUACCGCAAAUUUCAGACCCUGGACUUUGUUUACAAAUUGGCUUGUGAAUUCCAAUAUGAGCUUCCGAACUUCGCAACGAACUUGCGAACUUCGCAACGAAGUUGGGAACACUUGUGGUCAAAGUUUCGUGAAAUUGACUGUAAAAUCGUUGAAUAAUGACUAAUACAAUUCUAAAGUAUUAUGACACUAUUAUGGUAAUCACAAGUAAUGUACUAUAACGGUACUACAAUUCUAUGAUACCAUGACAAAUUAUAAAGUGCUAUGUUAUUACCGAGGGACCCGCCACGGUUGAAAUCUCGUACACUCAGACUCAGAAAUCAAACCCAAAAUCAAGAAAUCAUGAGAGAAAUCAGUGAAUUUUGAAAUCAGAAAUCACUCAAAUCACUUGAAACUUCGUUAUUAUUGAGCCCACAGUCUAUAUGACAGUGGUCUCCAGGCCUCAAAAUAAGUGCCAGUCACUGACUGGUAAAAUUUCACAGUUUGACCGACAAAUAUCGUCUCCUGCUGGACAUGCGUGACCGGUAAAUAUUUUAAUAAAAGCAGAUUUUUGAUUUCCAAUUUUCCAAAGAAGUGUAUGUCCAUCUACGGUGCAAGCUAAUAAGGGCGGCAAAGUGACACAUUUUGUCAUACAGAAACGAUAUACCGCAAGCGUUGGGCUGUUGUCCAGUUAUGCGUUUUUCACACGUGCGACAGAAAAGUUUAAAUCUUUUAAAAUUUCAUAUAAGUGCAAAUAACCUUAACAAAUACACAUUAAAUCAUACACAAAACUGAAUGCUGCCCUUUUAUAAAUUUAGUUAUUUCAUAAGUAUAAGGAUGUAAAGCGAUUUCAACUUUUACGUGCGAAAAACGCAUAACUGGAAUGCAGCCUUAAAACAUGCUCGCAACUAUAUUAAUUUGCUUGUAAACAAUGUUUACUUAAUGUUAUUAGUAUUGAUUACUACUACAGCUUUGAUAAACACCAUACUUGUACUUUGUAUACAAAUACAAUUAAAAUACACAGGAGUGACUCACAAUGACCGGCAUAAAUUCCGCUGUGACCGGUAAAGUUUAUAGUGAUCCACCGGUCAUAAUGACCAGACAGUAUAACAUCCAGAUUUAUUUCAAGGCCUGUUGGUCACCGGCAGAAAUCAGGUAAGCCCAAAGUCUAUAUGACAGCGGUCACCCAUGGAAAUCAGGUUAGAAAUCAAGAAAUCAGGUUAGAAAUCACCUGAUUUCGAAAUGCGCUUUUGAAUGCUGUGGCAAUAAAUUAUUCUUGAAGUACAGUAAGUGAUCAACUAUAUGUGCACAAUGCCUACCAGGGUGUUAGCCAGGUGGCCGUCCGACUGUCCUAUGGACGGCCACUUCUGAAUUUGGACGGUUAAAUUUUAAUGGACGGCCAAGGACGGCCUAAGGGAAUAUUUUCUUUAAAUAGCAACCUACAAGCUUUGUCAUAUUUCUUGAAUACUUCGCGCCAUAUUUUUGUAAAACGCGCCAGGUUUUUCUAACCAUUUUGAUGAUUCUCGCAUGAAGUAUCAAGGAGAAUAAUGUGAAACCGCUGUUUUAAAAAACAGCAAUCGCUUUAUCCGUUGAGCGCCGCGUUACAGUUACGGUAGUGAUCAUACCAUACGUGUGCUUUUAUUAAUUUAAUGACGGAAAUGUGCAUAUAAUAUUAAAAGUAAAAAGGAACACCACAAUUCCUCAACAACAGAAAAUUGCGGCCACGCCCAAAAACAUCCCACAAAAAUAUGUUGCCACGCCCACAAAAUUAUUUUGGACGGCCACUUUUGAAAUCCUGGCUAACACCCUGAUGCCUACAAGUAAAAUUUAAAUAUUUACAUAUGGUACGUUACAUAGGUAUCUCUAGUCAUUAUAUGUUAUCUAGUCAUCUAGGUAUAGGCUUGUUCCAUAGAUAAUUGUUCUUCAUUUCAUGGCUUGCUUGAUCAGAAAUCAUUGCAAACUAGGUAUCUAAUAAACCAUGGAUGACCAUGGUUAGCCUUUCUUGCGUGGGAUGGUCAACUGCAAAAAAAAAACCAUGAAAAAGUGCAACCACAUUGUUGGGUUCUGAGUGGUUGUGUAUUGUAGCACAGUUUUUUUUUUAUAAUAAUGGUACUAUUGCACUAUGGUAAGUAGCUGGUACUUUUGUUUUAUGGACUACAGAAAUAUUGGACAACAGUACUGCAUGGUAGUUUUAUAGUGUUAGUGUACUGUACAUGUAUUAAUUAUUAUAUGGUACCAAGGUUUUAUAGUAUCUGUGGUUAAAUGGUUCUACCUUACAGGCAGGGAUGUGCCGAGUGAUAUCUGAUUUUUUGGGGGUACUUCGGACUUUUUCGACCUCAAUUUUUCAGAAUAUUCCUUAAUAUUUAACACGUUCCGCAAUUCCAGCAUUCUGGGGCCCCCUCUAUGGAAGUAAUUGUGCCCCCUUUCUUGACUUUUCUUUGGGGGGUGUUAGACCUUGGUGCUACACAAUUUUAGGUGACUACAUCAUGAAUAAAUUAACUGAACUAAUAGGGUAAUACAUUGUUACGUGGUCUGUAUAUGGUACCUGUUUAAGUAGCACUGUUGUCAUAAGCAUGGGUAUGCAGUAGUCUAGUACAUUCCUUUGUUCAAACUGCUGACGGCUGACCUCCUUGACAUAUUAGUUACUGUGGUUAGGAAAUCAUUUUCUUCAUUUUUCCCUGAAGCCAAGACUGCCAAGUCAGCAAAUGUUAAAUACUAGUCAACUUGUCUUGUUUUGUAUACUGUAUGCAAAUCAGUCUUGACUGGUUCCAGUCAAAAUUAUAUAGUGACAUAUUACUCAUGCCACUAAAUAGAAACAGGUUAAAGUUUUCAGGAGCACAUGUAAACCAUUAGUUUGUGUCGUAUAACUUACCAAAUAAAACGCAAUGUGAAUGUAGUUUUAAUAGUUGUAAUAUUCAUUGUAAAUAGAAAUUACAUAAUUCAAGGGACGAAUGGUUUUGCGAUGUGAUUUUAAUUAAACUAUCUCUAUUUUUAGCUGGCCAUUUAACAUUUCAGUGUCGAAAUAUUUUAAAGAUUGAUUCAGAACAUGAUGUUGUUGUGGAU